ACGUUGCAAAGACUUUCCACGAUUGCACACCCACCUCAGGAGCCCCCUCAUACCACAGGAAGUGCAUUGAUCAUCGUCGGGAUAAAAGAGACUCGGCAGCACCAGAAGCUCAUCCUCUCUUGGCUCAGCCCAGCUCAGCCCAGCUCAGCCCAGCUCAGCCCAGCAGCACCGCAGCCAUGCGAGCUCUAGUCCUGGCCCUCCUUGGCAUCUGCUGCCUCACCACCCAUGUCGUGGAAGGUGUGGGAAGUGAAGUCCUGGAGCAGAGAAUCUGUGUGAGUCUGACGUCCCGGCGCCUGCCCGUGCGAAACAUCAAGACCUACACCAUCCGGGAGGGGCCCGUGCGCGCAGUUAUAUUUAUCACCAGACGUGGCCUCAAAGUCUGUGCCGACCCCAAAGUCGAGUGGGUGAAGAAAGCAGUGGAAACCAUGGACAACAAAAGAGACACCAACCAGAGCAAGCCCGCGGGGACCCAGCAGCCCACCAGCACCGCGGUGGCCCGGGCUCGGUAGUGGGUUUGUCUGGCCGAUUUCUGUUUACAAGCUCAUGGACUCAUUAAAUUACACCCACCUUUUCUGAACGUACUGCCUGUGCCAGAUUAUUUUCUUGUAUUUUUAUUUUUUAUAUCUUUAUUAUUCACUUAGCUGCUCUAAUUAAUAAAUAUUUAU